GACCCCCGAGAGUAGCGUUUGUUUACCUAACCCAUGCCAAAAUGGUGGCACGUGCGCAAUGGAUAAUAAUGGUGCAUUCCAGUGCGCAUGUUCGCUGAGUUACAGAGGAAAGUUUUGUCACGAAGUGAUGGCGAAGUGCAACGUGAUUGGUUGUCAAGAUGUUACAGACUGUAUCUCAGCACCCUCCGGGGCGGUAUGUGUAUGCAAGUUAGAGGAUAUGGGAAGACUUUGCCAAAUGGAUAUUGCAGACGAGACUGACUGGGAGAAGGUGAAGUUGGUGAUAUCAGAGCGGACAAUACAUACCGGUGAAAUUAUUGUUGGAGUUGUGCUGGGAGUUAUCGCCCUUCUCGCUAUCCUGUUUAUCAUACACUGCCAAAGGGUUAAUUCUAGAAGGGCUAUCGUAAGGAAAAGAUAUAAAGAUAUCCUCGAUAAGGGUGUCGUGCCAAAUGAGCCGCCACCAGAUUGGUGUGAAAUCAGCGGUGACCUUAUCAAAGACACUCUAUGUUGCAAAAAAGGAAUGUCAUUGGUUGAUGCUUACAGACCUAGAAAUGCGAGUAUGGUAACUUCACUGAGCCGGACACAGUCCCUAAAUAAACAGAAGGAAGAGGAACUGGUAAGGUUAUUAAACUCACGAACAGACAUUCCCGAGUACGGUAAUGAUUUCCCAGAACGAAUAGACCAGGAAAUCAGCAGAAGGGCAAGCUCGCGUAGAGACCUAGGAAUGAAUAAUUCGCAGAUAGACGACAGGUUUGAUAGAGACAGAGUCAUGUUAUAUCCUCAUUCCGGAAGUAGAAUAUCGUCAUUCAAAACAGGCUUGAGACGGCCUUCCUUCCAAACAUCUGGCACGCCUUUUGACACGUUCUAUCAGUCUAGAAAUAAUCAUGCAAAGUUACAGAACUGUUCGUCACGCGAGGAACUAAUCAAACGUACCCCGCAGAGAAGUCAACAUUUUCCGGUGACCAAACAGCCUUCCGGUUCCAUGACACGCAUGCGCAAGAAUGCCAGAAGACAAAUCUAUCCAUAUACUGAUGAGCCGAAAAAUAAAGUGACUGGUAAUAAAUAUGAUGACAAUGAGGCGGAUUUUGAGGAUGACUACGCAUCACAGUCAAGUUGUAAAUAUCGAAAUAAUUCGGCGAGACACGCACAUAAUUCGGAUAAAUCUCGCAUUGAAAAAGGCAAAACAGUUAGAUACCGGAUUGAGUGGGACACGGAGAACAGUAGACAGCGCUUGAAGUUUGACGACACGGUUGAAAAGAAAAUGAGUGAUAUAUCAAAUAACUUGAAAAAUUUAAAGAAAUCUAUCUCAAACAGAAAAUUUGCUAGCAACACUAAUGAAAAUUCAUAUAGCAAGACAUUACAAGGUUUUCAGUGCGAAAGCAUGAGGAAUGGAGAUGUCAGAUAUGCCAUGAGAAAUACUAUAGAAAAGUACACCACAGAAACAAGUUCAGAAGAAGAAUCUGUAUUAGAAGAAAAACUGCUGAUAAGGAUAAAUCCAGAUAACAAAACGCCCGAUACUAUUAGGAGUAUGUAUCCUUAUAUAUCACAAAAUGGAAACGAAAAUGCCAACAAUGACAUGUCUGUUAGCAGUAGUACUGACUAUCCACGAAUGUACUAUAACAACUUGAGGUAUUAUCAACAACAUACGAAGCGCCCGGAAAGUUAUGUUUCUAACGAGUCAUCAGGAAUUUCAAGAGAACAUGAAAUACAGCGUGCGCCUACAGAGGACCCGAUGUUUUAUGGUCAUUUAAUAGACCCUAGUAUGCAGCAUGAUAAUCUUGAAACAACCCAUUGGUAUUGGGACCAUGAACCAGGAGUCUAUUACAUUGAUGAAAGUGGGGAAAACGAAGGGAAAUUUAUAUCAUUCAAAGAAGGGCGUAAAUCUGAGAAACAAGAUUUGAGUGGCGGCCGUACGAAUACAGAACUUAGCCGGCAGACAGGUGAGAAAAAAGUCAGUCAGGCUCCCGCUGAAACUGGAUGUCCACUGAAAGGUAUAGGGUCAGAAUCUUAUGCAGUUUGGUCUUACAAUGUUCAGCUGUCUCCAAAUGAACAAAAAACAUGUGUAGGAAAGAAAGCCGACGGCAUGAGCAAGGACCCCACCAAAUCAUUUGACCAGGAUAUGACUACAGAUAGACUGUAUGUGAGAAGCUUUGAUGACAAUGGUCAGAAACGUUAUUACGUCAGUAAUGAAUUAGAAUCCUGUAUACAUUAUGAAUAUCAACCGCGUCCUGAAAUGAGUGAUGAUAAACCGGUAAUAAUAUCGGAAAAUAAGCCAACGGAAUUUCAAAACAUGCCCCAGGAACAAUAUGAAUGUUCUACACCAACAUAUAUUCAUUCAGACAGUGGACAUGAAGGAAGAUGGUCUCGUACCAUAGAAGACACACCUAGUACUGCAGUUGGUACAGCGAACACGACUGCUAUAAAAACAGAGAACCUGGAUGGUGAAACUCUACAUGCUGAGGGCAAUGCCAGUGACACGGAGGUUGAAUUAUAAAUAAUUUUGCCCAUUAUUUAAGUUGAUUAAAAAAAAAGAGAUUUUUUUUUAUUCUGAAGACUUUGAUGAAAGUAUUUUAAGCAGCGUGGCUAUGUCAUCUUGUAUAUUCGAAAUGUAUGUCGGAAUGCAAAAACUUUUUUCAACCAAAAUAUAACUUGAACACUUAGAUUGUAAUUAUAUCAGAAGUUUUUCCAUGACAAAUGUAUUAUGAUUGGAUCUUUUACAUUGAUCUUUACUCAUCUGAUUAUAAAUUACAUAAAGAACAAGAUAUUGCUAUGUUUAUCUCAUUAAAAAUUUGAUGACGUU